GCACCCACCCAUAUCAGGAAGUGAUCAGGUCUUUAAAACUCUGUUUUGAGUCUCAUCGUUUCUUAAGUAGCCUUACUCUUCCUGUGUCCACAGUGUUACUGAUACUAUGUUAAACAGCCAGUUGAAAAGGCUAGGAGUCUCAUCCCCACUGUGCACAAGAAGUUCAUCUUCCAAGCCCUGGGCUUCUCUCGCCUGGGGCUCAGAGCCCCUCCCCUGCUGCACGCGGGCAGCCCGGGCAAGCCUGGGGGAACAAGAGACAAGCCUCAGAGCCUGGGACUAAGUUGGGCUUCUGGCACCGUGGGAGCCCCAGCGUGGAGACCUGAAAAGAUGGGCCCAUGGCUUCUGGGACGCCUUCUCCUCGUGUUGCUGCUGGGACUGUGGUGGGCAGUGCCUCCCCUUUGUGCUUUGCCUGAGGGUCUCACCAGGGCUCGAUGGUUUGAAAUUCAGCACAUACAGCCGAGGCCUCUCCAGUGUAACAAGGCGAUGAGUGUUGUCAAUAGCUACACCCAGCACUGUAAGCCUGAAAACACCUUUCUGCACACCUCCUUCCAGGAUGUGGCUGCUGCCUGUGAUUUGCCAAACAUCACCUGUAAGAACGGCCAGAACAAUUGCCACCAGGAUCCGAAGCCCGUUCCCCUGACUCAGUGCAGCCUCACUGCGGGGAGGUACCCUGCCUGCCGCUACCGAGAGGCUGCCCAGUACAAGUGCUACAUUGUGGCCUGCGACCCCCCUCAGAAGGGCGACCCUCCCUAUGCGUUGGUUCCUGUGCACUUAGAUAAGGUUGUCUGAGGUUUCCAUCACUUUCGUUCUCACUUGGCACAAAUUCUCUUUUGAUUUUUUCUGAUUUUUCUUUGCUUUUGUUGAUUUUCCUGGUUCCCAGAGAAGGAAAAGGGAGGGCGUUGAAAGAAUUAGAGUGACGAGGAUAUCAGACAGUUUUCUGCUUUGGAGCUCAGUGUUUUGAAGGCAGACAGAAGGGAAGAGGGCAAAGAAGGGUCCAGGCCUCCGUAUUUUCAGCCUUAGAGCUUUGCUGCGUUACAGGAGAAAAGCAAUUUUAAUUACACAUGUACGUGUGGGUUCCCUACAAACACAUGA